AUGCCCGCAUGCUUGACUGGAUUCGGUUCACCCCGGGCCCCAUUGACAUUGGCUGAUGACCCCCAGGGUGCACCUUCCAUGACAGUUCUUGAAGAUUUAUUCAACAACCUCGGCAUUCACGAUCGUGAAAGCCGCGUUCUCAUCACCAGCGUCAUUCGGCUUGUCACUCCUGCACACCAUGACAGCCCCAACAACAGUCAAGCAACCACUGUCGAAGACGGCUUCGAAGUCCUCUCCUCCCCCGGUCCUCACGCGGAGGUUGACGACGGUGAUGAUAACGACGGUGACGCAUCUGAGAUGGUGACCCCACAGGUCACCAACUCUCCUGCAGCCGCGGUUAUUCCUCCUUCCGCUGUAACCGCUUCCAUUGCAGUAACCGCUCCCGUUGCAGCAGCCCCCAAUGCCAUCAGCCCAGCCGCUAAUGUUAUCAGCCUUCCCACGCUCUACACCCCAGGCUAUGCUUUACCUCCCAACAGGCCUGACAAGGCUAUUAUUCCACCAGGCAAUCUCAUCACAGCCAUAUACGGGUACCAUAUCCCUCCCCCCAAUGCUGGUGGCCCCUUCUUUUGUGUGAGUCGUGGUCGGGACAUUGGUAUUUUUUGUGGCUGGGAAGUCACUUCACCUCUCGUGAUCGGUGUGUCCUGUAGUAGUUUUUCUCGCGUAGCUAGUGUCGUGGAAGGGCAUCGUCGCAUGGCGGCUGCUCUCACCGCCAACUUUGCAUUAUACCUUACUUGA